AUGUCUUAUGGCUCUACAUCCGAACAACAGCGAAGGAGGAGAGGUGUUUAUAGACUUGAGAAGUCAGCGCCCCCUAAUGCACGAUCUCCUUUGGAGAGUUCUCCCAGUAAAGAAUCAAUACGAUCAUACAUAUCUGCCAGUCAAGAUGGAGGCAGCAGAGCUCAUGAUAAGACUGACAGGAAGCCUAAUGUCAGUGAGGUGAUGCCCACUAUUGAAAAGCUUCUGAAUACAGACUGGAAAGAAAAGUUCUUCGGGAAGGGUCUUCAGGGCAGUGUCAACCUAAAAGGAACCCCAGAGAGUCUGGCAGAGAAGGAGCUUCAGUUGUUGUUGAUGAUAAACCAGCUCUCUGGUCUGCGGGAGCAGCUGCUAGGAGCUCAUUCUGAGCAGAGGAACAUGGCCGCUCUGCUGCUGGAGAAACAGCAGCAACAGAUGGAACUGGCAAGGCAGCAGCAAGAACAGAUCGCCAAACAGCAGCAGCAGUUGAUACAGCAGCAACAUAAAAUCAACUUACUGCAGCAGCAAAUUCAGCAGGUGAACAUGCCUUAUGUUAUGAUCCCUGCCUUUCAUCCCAAUGCCCAACCGUUGCCCGUCACCUCUGAGGCCCAAAUGGGAUUGCCUCGGCAUCCCAUUCCCUGCAAACCAGUGGAAUAUCCCUUGCCGUUGCUGCCCAAUCCACACUCCACUCCAGUCAAAAGGUCCAGUGGUACAGUCUUUCGCCAGGAUUCCAGUCAACCUCUCAACCUCACGGCUAAACCUAAGACCCCAAGUCCUCAGGCACUGGAAAUGGCCCACUUGCAAGUAGGGUACCGAGCCAGAGAUCUACCCCAUAGUCCUACUCGAUCUGCCCUCAGCCUGAGCUUCUUGGGAGAGGGUGAUGUUGUGACACAAGCCAUUCAUGAUGCCCAGCAGCUGUUGCGUGGAGGACAAGGCCCGAUGGGCCGUGAGAGGGACAACAACACAAGGCUGGAGGCGUCUCGAGAGCGGAUGGAUGAUGGACAGUCCCUGCGGAUGAAUGAGGACCACCACAGCAGUGACACUGAGGGGCAGAUGGCAGUCUCUGGUGUGGGUAGCUUUGGUGAAUCCCGGACUCCCUCCUCUGGCCACAUCAAACGUCCCAUGAACGCCUUCAUGGUGUGGGCCAAAGACGAAAGACGGCGUAUCCUGCAGGCGUUCCCUGACAUGCACAACUCCAGUAUCAGCAAGAUCCUCGGUUCCCGAUGGAAGUCCAUGUCCAAUCAGGAGAAGCAGCCGUACUACGAAGAGCAGGCCAGAUUGAGUCGGCAGCACCUGGAACGUUACCCAGACUACAAAUACAAACCCCGGCCGAAGCGGACCUGUAUCGUAGAGGGCAGACGACUGCGGGUCGGAGAGUACAAGGCCAUGAUGAAGAGUCGGCGACAGGAGCAACGAGUAACUUACCCUCCAAGCCAAUCAGAGCAGCAGCUACCGUACCCUACCAGUGAAGGACAGUACCAGACCACGCCGGUGUCAAUGGCCCCAUUGGCCUUGCACCCUGCCCUCCUGGAGCACUACCUUCCUCGGGGUCUGGAGCCCAUGAAAGGCCAAGGGAGUGAGAUGCGGGAUGUCACGCGGCCCAGACAGCCCUACAGCGAAGGGGAGGAGAGUGAUGCGGGUGAACGCAGUGAGGGAGAGCUGGUUGUCCUCACUGACUGAGAUAGGAGGAGGAAAGGAUUGGAGGACAGAAAGGGUAGAAAACGCGAAAGUGAGGGAGUGAGAUGGAGAAAAUAACUGAGAUUUUGCAGUCUCUACCUACAACAUGAUGGUGUCCAAUAAAUGGUAUAGGUCAGUGUUUUCCAGUCCAGUUGUGAGGAUGUCCUUGCAAACUUGUUUCAAACCUAGAUUGGUCACAUGGUUCUAUAGGGUUGGUUAGGAAGGCAGCAGACAUGAUAAAUGAAGCAUAGAUCUUCAUUUUUCCAGUGAUGUAGGCUAGACAGGAUAGGUCUUACAUACUGACCACAGCUUGGAAAAAGCAAGACUUUUUCAAUCUACAAUAUUCAUUGUGAGACUGCACAUCUUGAGAGUUUUGAAGGCACUGUGAAGCUGGUGUGCAAGAAUUGUUUUACAAAUCAAAUGUCACUGCACAUAUUAUGAAGUAAAUGUUCUACAAAUCUGCAAAGUGCAUAAGAAAUUGCACAAGAAUCGACUUUUCUAGAAGGGGUACAGAUACGUAUAUUCACUUUUGGUGUAUCUGAGUUCUAAAUUUGACAUCAUGUCAAAAGAUUGGCAAUAAUAGGAAGGAACAGUUCAUCCAAAAAUGAAAAGGAGAUUAGGGUGAGUAAACAAUGAAAAAAAAAUUUUUUUUGAUGAACUUUUUCUUUAAAUAGUCAAUGCACUGAGAGCUCUGCAUCAUUUUGCCAUAGAAAAAAAAGCUAAUACCUCUGUGUUAUAAUGCUUCUUGAUGUCACCAGGGUUUUCCUGCAAAAGUUCCUGUUAAGACUGUGCCAAGGUACUUUCCAGAGCUCAAGGGCUGAGCAAAAAGAAAACAAGUUAACAUGGAAAAAGGAAGGAACAUUCCUGAGCUCCUUGUCCAGUUUAUUAUAUCAGAUAGUGACUAUUAGAGGCUGUUCUGUUACAGAGAUUUAAGCAGCUUGCCCCUUUAAAGAUUUGCUAAAGGCAGAGAAGACUGCAGUCUUUCUUCGGGUUGGUUGCGUCCUCUGCUGUUUGAAUCUGGGUACUGCACUUAAAAUAUUCCCCCAGAUUAAAUUAAUGUUUUUGAUUUAGUGCAAAAUAUGAUUCAGAACAAUUUUUUUUUUCAGAGUAGAAUUUUGCACUUGAUGUACAUAUGCAAAUCAUUUCUACUAUCCAUUUUAUGAAAGGAGAUGUGAAUAAUGCCCUUCCCUCAAAUUACACCCAUUUUUAAAAGUUUGGAUUACUUUUUUUUUUUUUUAAGUGUGUGUGUAGAGUGAGCUUGUGCUGAAGAAAAUAACGGAGUUAUCAUUCCAGCAGUUCUUAUGACCGGGUCCAUAUUAUUGGGCUGCUAGUCAAUUUACAGUUGAGCUGAAAUGUAAACAUUUUGUUAAAAAUGAUAAACUUUUAUAUUUUAAAGAGGCGAUUUUAGAAGAUACUUGCCAGUUGACUGUUGUGAUAAACCUAACAUGUUAAAGGAAAUGAUGACAUAUAGCUGGAUACAGAAAUACACUGUUUGUAUUUUAUCUGUAAAAUGAACCCCAGGGAGGAAAAAUAUGAUUCGCAAUCUAGACAACUGUUGCAAAACCAGCUGUUGUAAAAUAUAGAGAUAGACUUUAUUUUGUUUAUAAAAGCGUAUAAUUUAAAGGUGUACAUGUUUUUUUCUCCCCCCCCGUAUGUUGCAUUUUUCCAAGCAAGUUUUGUGGUUUGUUUUUGAAGCAUAAAUAAAAAUGUUAUG